AUGGAGGACUGUCCCUCUUCUUCCUCUACUCCUAAUCUCGAAUCAGACCCCGAAUUAUUGAUGCCCGAUUUCCCCGACGAAAUCGCCAUUGAAAUCAUUUCAAGACUGCCAGCUAAAUCCUUGGGGAAAUUCAAGUGUGUUUCAAAACCAUGGCUUUCUUUGAUCUCAAGCCAAGGAUUUAUCAAAACCCAUCUCGCCGAUUCAGCUGAAAGUGAUGAUUUUUCCCACCACCGUCUCAUCUUGUAUGAGUUCACGGACAAUAGAUUCCAACACCGGCUGUACUCUGCGAGUUCUUUGCUGAAUGAGGUGUUCGAUGAAACGACCGCUGCUGCUGAGGUAUUUAAUAUCGAUUAUAUAUUACAACCUUAUGAGUUAUUUUGGGUGGUAGAUUCUUGUAACGGACUUGUCUGCUUGAUUAAUAUGGAUAGGGAGUUGAUUUUGUGUAACCCUUGUACUAAGAAAUUUAAGAAAUUGCCUGGGUCUGAAAUCAGAAAAAGUAACACUCUUGGAUUUGGUUAUGAUUCCUUGAAUGACGACUAUAAAGUGGUUGAAUUUGUGGACAAUAAAGUCAAUAUGUACAGUGUUAAAACUAGUUCUUGGCGCAAGAUUGAGGAUUUGGAGGUCAUUACUCCAGCGUAUGACAAACCGGUGCAUUAUGUGAGUGGAACCUUUUAUUGGUCUACCAAUGAUGGAGUUGACGAUUGGAUGAUUGCUAGUUUCGAUUUGGGGAAUGAAACGUAUGGGAUCAUGGACCGUCCCCCAAAGAACAACGAUAGCUAA